GCGCUUGACCGAUAAUAACCUCCGCGGCGCAGCGCCGGCGGGAUCUAUAUAAGGCGCUCCGGGUGCGGGACUGGCCCUGGUUUGGCCCCAGCCUCGUCGGUGGGAGCCACAAAGGACGACCGGAGAAGCCCUCCAUUGACUGGCUCUCCGAUCUACUCCGGGAGGGAGAGAAAGAUCGCCUCCCCAUCAAACUGGCGAGGAGUUGAUGACCAGCCACAGUAGCUCUGCUGUGUGCUGUUUCCAUCCAAGGUGCUGAUUGCUGGUACAUACAGAAGGAAGAUGGCCUUCUGGACACAGUUGGGUUUGCUGCUAUGGAAAAAUUUCACCUUUAGGAGACGGCAAACGUUCCAGCUGCUAAUUGAGGUUGCUUGGCCUUUGUUUCUCUUCUUCAUAUUGAUUUCGGUGCGUCUCUCCUAUCCACCUUAUGAACAACAUGAAUGCCAUUUCCCCAACAAGGCCAUGCCUUCAGCUGGAACAUUGCCCUGGGUACAGGGGAUUAUCUGUAAUGCCAACAAUCCUUGCUUCCGCUACCCAACACCUGGGGAGUCACCAGGCAUUGUGGGGAAUUUCAACAAGUCUAUUGUUUACCGGUUGUUCUCGGAUGCCAAACGCUUACUCUUGUACAGCCAGAAAGAUACCAGCAUGAAGGAUGCGCAGAAAGUUGUGAUGAAACUGCAGAAAAUUGGGAAAACUGUUACAGGGUUGAAAGUCCGGGAUUUCCUGGUUGCCAACGAGACCUUCUCUAGCUUCCUGUAUCACAAUGCUUCCUUACCACAGUUUGUUGUAGAUGAAAUCCUGAAUGCUGAGGUCAACCUCCAACAGGUCAUCAAGUCUGGCUACCAGAUGAGUGUGAAAGACCUUUGUAAUUCAACCAAGCUGUCAGAGAUUGUCGUCAUCCAAAACCCAUGGAUAGAUGCGGUCAGUAAUGCUGUGAUUUGCUCCAUGCCUAAGGAGAAACUGACCGUGGCAGAGAAAGUGUUUCAGGAUAAUUUGGAUGUCAUGAAGCCGGUUCUGAAGGGGAUCGCCUCCAAUUCAACUUUGCAGGAUCUUAAAGGAACUGUGGAGACGUUGAUGGGGAGCCUUGGAGACCUUCUUAGAGAGUUGGUGAGCAUGAAAAGCUGGAGUGACAUGAGACAGGAGGUGAAGUUCCUGACUAACGUGAAUGCCACCAGUUCUUCUGCCGAAAUUUACCAGGCAGUGUCCCGAAUUGUUUGCGGCCAUCCUGAGGGAGGCGGAUUGCAGAUCAAGUCUCUCAACUGGUAUGAAGACAACAAUUACAAAGCUUUCUUUGGAAGUAACAGUACUGAAGAUGAGGCAGCUGAUUUCUACGAUAAUUCUACCACACCCUACUGCAAUGACCUAAUGAAGAAACUGGAAUCCAGCCCACUUUCCAAGAUUAUAUGGAGAGCUCUGAAACCUUUGCUUGUUGGCAAAGUCUUGUACACCCCAGACACACCAGCAACAAGGGCAGUCAUGUCUGAGGUAAACAAGACGUUCCAGGAGCUUGGUGUCUUCCGUGAUCUUGGAGGGAUGUGGGAAGAGAUAAGGCCAAAGAUAAAAGCUUUCAUGGAGAAAAGCUCGGAAAUGGAUCUGGUCCGGACAUUAUUGCAGAAUAAGUUCUAUUGGAAGAAGCACUUGAUGGGCUCGGAUUGGACUAUGGAGGAUGUUGCCCUGUUCUUAGCAAAGAAUCCGGAGGAUAUUCAUGCCGUGAAUGGCUCUACUUAUACUUGGCGGGAUGCUUUCAAUGAAACCGACUAUGCUGUUAUGACCAUCUCCCGCUUCAUGGAAUGUGUCAACCUCGACAAGCUGGAAGCUGUGCCUAGUGAGGUGCGCCUGAUCAACAAGUCCAUGCAACUGCUAGACCAGAGAAGGUUUUGGGCUGCCAUUGUCUUCCCUGAAAUUGCUCCUAGGAGUGCAAAGUUGCCCCAGCAUGUCAAGUACAAGAUCCGGAUGGACAUAGACAGCGUGGAAAGGACAAACAAAAUCAAGGACGAGUACUGGGACCCAGGUCCUCGAGCCGAUCCUUUUGAUGACAUGCGUUACAUCUGGGGAGGCUUUGCUUACUUGCAGGACGUGAUCGAGCAGGCAAUCAUCCGCACUCUGACAGGCUCUGAAAAGAAAAUGGGUGUCUAUGUUCAGCAGAUGCCCUAUCCUUGUUAUGUGGAUGACAUAUAUUUGCGUAUCACCAGCAAAUCCAUGCCCCUUUUCAUGACACUGGCUUGGAUCUAUUCUGUGGCAAUCAUUAUCAAAGGGAUUGUAUAUGAGAAAGAAGCCCGGUUGAAGGAAACAAUGAGGAUUAUGGGCCUGGACAAUGGCAUUCUCUGGCUGAGCUGGUUCAUUAGCAGCUUCAUCCCGCUUCUCAUGAGUGCAGGACUCUUGACAGUGAUCCUCAAGAAAGGAAACUUACUACCUUACAGUGACCCCAGCGUUGUGUUCGGCUUUCUAUCAAUCUUUGGGGUGGUGACCAUCAUGCAGUGCUUCCUCAUCAGCACCCUCUUCUCAAGGGCCAACUUGGCAGCGGCUUGUGGGGGGAUCAUCUACUUUACCUUCUACUUGCCUUUUGUGUUAUGUGUUGCCUGGCAGGACUACAUCAGCUUCUCUCUAAAAAUAUUUGCAAGCCUGCUUUCUCCUGUGGCCUUUGGAUAUGGCUGUGAGCAUCUUUCCCUUCUUGAAGAGCAAGGCAUUGGGGUGCAGUGGGACAACAUCUUUGAAAGCCCCAGGGAAGAAGACAGCUUUAACCUCACCACGUCUGUGUCUAUGAUGCUGGUUGAUAGUUUGCUGUAUGGGAUUAUGACCUGGUACAUUGAAGCCGUCUUUCCAGGGCAGUUUGGCAUUCCAAGACCGUGGUAUUUCCCAUUUAUGAAGUCCUACUGGUGUGGCGAGAAAUCCAAAGAAGGGCAAAUCCCUUCUCUUUCUGAAAAAUCUUCUGAAAUUUGUAUGGAAGAAGAGCCAAGCCACCUUCGCCUUGGGGUAUCGAUUCAGAAGCUGGUGAAGGUCUACCGUGAUGGCAAGAAGCUGGCAAUAGAUGGCCUUACUCUGAAUUUCUAUGAAGGGCAGAUUUCCUCCUUUUUGGGACACAAUGGAGCCGGGAAAACCACCACAAUGUCCAUCUUGACAGGAUUAUUUCCCCCAACUUCGGGCACAGCCUUCAUCCUGGGCAAAGACAUCCGUACUGAACUGAGCACUAUCCGGCAGAACCUGGGCGUUUGCCCCCAGCACAAUGUUUUGUUUGAUGAGCUGACUGUAGAAGAGCACAUUUGGUUUUAUGCACGCCUCAAAGGGCUGUCAGCGAAGUUGGUGAAAAAGGAAAUGGAACAGAUGGCCAUUGAUGUUGGCUUGCCUCAUAAACUCAAAUCGAAGACAAGCAAACUCUCUGGUGGCAUGCAAAGAAAGCUUUCGGUCGCUCUGGCCUUUGUGGGUGGCUCUAAAGUUGUCAUUUUGGAUGAGCCAACUGCUGGGGUUGAUCCAUAUUCUCGCAGAGGGAUCUGGGAACUUCUUUUGAAGUAUCGCCAAGGCCGCACAAUCAUUCUGUCUACACACCACAUGGAUGAGGCAGAUAUCCUUGGAGACCGAAUUGCCAUCAUCUCCCAUGGCAAACUCUGCUGUGUUGGCUCCUCUCUGUUCCUGAAAAACCAGCUGGGUACAGGCUACUAUUUGACAUUAGUCAAGAAGGAUGUGGAUUCCUCCCUGAGUUCUUGCAGAAACAGCAGCAGCACUGUCUCUUACUUGAAAAAGGAUGACAGCGUCUCUCAGAGUAGCUCUGAUGCUGGGCUUGGCAGCGAUCAUGAAAGUGACACCCUGACAAUAGAUGUAUCAGCCAUUUCUAAUCUCAUAAUGAAGCACGUCCCAGAAGCACGGUUGGUAGAGGACAUCGGACAUGAGCUAACCUAUGUUUUGCCCUAUGAAGCUGCUAGAGAGGGAGCUUUUGUGGAGCUGUUUCAUGAGAUUGAUGACCGCCUCUCCGACCUGAGAAUUUCCAGCUAUGGCAUUUCUGAGACUACUCUGGAGGAGAUAUUUCUGAAAGUGGCCGAAGACAAUGGUGUGGAUGCAGAGACCUCAGAUGGCACAUUACCUGCUCGAAGAAGCCGUGUCUUUGGAGACAGGCAAAGCUGUCUUCGUCCUUUCACAGAAGAUGAUGCUUUUGACACCAAUGAUUCUGACAUAGAUCCAGAAUCCCGAGAGACCGACCUGCUGAGUGGGAUGGACGGCAAAGGAUCCACCCAAGUGAAGGGCUGGAAGCUGACCCAGCAGCAGUUUGUAGCCUUGCUCUGGAAGAGACUUCUUAUUGCCAGGCGCAGCAGAAAAGGGUUUUUCGCUCAGAUUGUGCUCCCAGCUGUCUUUGUUUGCAUUGCUCUCCUGUUCAGUUUGAUUGUGCCUCCCUUUGGUAAAUAUCCGAGCCUGGAAUUGCAGCCAUGGAUGUAUGAUGAACAAUAUACAUUUAUCAGCAAUGAUGCUCCAGAAGACACUGGAACUCAGAAGCUUUUGGAUGCUCUCCUCAGCAAACCUGGUUUUGGAACUCGCUGCAUGAAAGGAUACUCUAUUGAAGAUACUCCUUGCUCUGUGGGGGAAGAGGAUUGGACCACUGCUUCUGUUCCUAAGACAGUCAUGGAAAUCUUGCAGAAAGACAACUGGACAAUGGAGAACCCCUCCCCCUGUUGUAUAUGCAGCAGUGAGACGAUCAAGAAGAUACUACCUUUGUGUCCUGCAGGGGCUGGCGGCCUGCCUCCUCCACAGAGAGUACAGAACACCACUGACAUCCUUCAGAACCUGACUGGACGCAACAUUUCCGAUUACCUUGUGAAGACAUAUGCUCAGAUCAUUGAGAAAAGCCUGAAGAAUAAAAUAAGAGUGAAUGAGUUCAGAUAUGGUGGCUUUUCCUUGGGAGCCAGCAGCUCCCUUGUGCUCCCUCGACGUGAAGAAGUAAGUGAGGCCAUCCAGCAGGUGAAGAAACUCUUGGAAAUCACCAAGGACAGUUCGGCAGAACGUUUCCUUAACAGCCUGGCAAGCUUCAUGAAAGGCAUGGACACGAAAGAUAACGUGAAGGUAUGGUUCAACAACAAAGGCUGGCAUGCUGUGGGUGCCUUUCUCAACGUGAUGAACAAUGCCAUCCUCCGUGCCAAUCUGCAAGAUGGAGAGAAUCCCAGUGCCUAUGGCAUCACGGCAUACAACCACCCUCUCAAUUUGACGAAGCAACAGCUCUCCGAAGUUGCCUUGAUGACAACCUCAGUGGAUGUUUUGGUCUCCAUCUGCGUCAUCUUUGCCAUGUCCUUCGUACCAGCCAGCUUUGUGGUUUUCUUGAUCCAAGAACGAGUCAGCAAGGCCAAACACCUGCAGUUCAUCAGUGGUGUGAAACCAGUAAUCUACUGGCUGGCUAACUUUGUAUGGGAUAUGUGCAACUAUGUUGUUCCAGCUACCUUGGUCAUCAUCAUCUUCAUCUGCUUCCAACAGAAGUCGUAUGUGUCCUCAUCCAACCUGCCAGUGUUGGCUCUUCUCCUCUUACUUUAUGGGUGGUCCAUAACUCCUCUCAUGUACCCAGCAUCCUUUGUAUUCAAGAUCCCCAGUACGGCAUAUGUUGUUCUGACCAGCGUUAACCUCUUCAUUGGUAUCAAUGGGAGCGUGGCCACUUUCGUCCUUGAACUUUUCACCAAUAAUAAGCUGAACAACAUCAAUGACAUUCUCAAGUCUGUGUUCCUCAUUUUCCCUCACUUCUGUCUGGGUCGUGGCCUAAUUGACAUGGUGAAAAAUCAAGCUAUGGCUGAUGCUCUAGAAAGAUUUGGUGAAAACCGCUUUGUUUCCCCUCUCUCCUGGGAUCUUGUGGGACGGAAUCUUUUUGCCAUGGCUGUAGAAGGUGCGGUCUUCUUCCUCAUCACGUUGCUCAUCCAGUACAGGUUCUUUAUCAAGCCCAGGCCCAUCUAUGCGAAGCUUCCGCCUGUGAGUGAAGAGGAUGAAGAUGUGAACAGAGAAAGGCAGAGGAUCAUUGGCGGUGGUGGGCAAAGCGACAUCUUAGAAAUCAAAGAACUAACUAAGAUAUACAGAAUGAAACGAAAGCCAGCUGUGGAUAGGAUUUGUGUCGGAAUUCCACCUGGGGAGUGCUUUGGUCUUCUGGGUGUGAAUGGUGCUGGCAAAUCCUCCACCUUUAAGAUGUUGACUGGAGACACAGAUGUUACAGGAGGAGAUGCUUUUCUGAAGGGAAACAGUAUUUUAUCUAACAUCCAAGAAGUCCACCAGAAUAUGGGGUAUUGCCCACAAUUUGAUGCCAUUAAUGAGCUGCUGACGGGAAGGGAACACUUGGAAUUCUUUGCACUCUUAAGAGGGGUUUCAGUAAAGGAAGUCUGCAAGGUUGGUGAAUGGGCUGUUCGUAAACUAGGCCUCGUAAAGUAUGCAGAGAAAUAUGCAGGAACCUACAGUGGUGGGAACAAGCGCAAGCUCUCCACUGCAAUGGCUCUCAUUGGAGGGCCUCCUGUGGUCUUCCUGGAUGAGCCAACGACAGGGAUGGAUCCCAAGGCACGCCGUUUCCUUUGGAAUUGUGCCUUGAGUGUCAUCAAGCAGGGACGAUCAGUGGUUCUUACAUCUCACAGCAUGGAAGAAUGUGAGGCUCUCUGCACUCGAAUGGCAAUCAUGGUCAAUGGACAGUUCAGGUGCCUUGGCAGUGUCCAGCACCUGAAGAACAGGUUUGGAGAUGGCUACACAAUAGUAGUGCGAAUAGCUGGGUCAAACCCUGACCUGAAACCUGUUCAGGACUUCUUUCAGCAGGCCUUUCCCGGCAGCGUGCUGAAGGAAAAGCAUCGCAACAUGCUGCAGUAUCAGCUCCCAUCCUCUUUGUCUUCUCUGGCUAGAAUAUUUAGCAUCCUUUCCAAUAACAAAAAAAGACUCCACAUAGAAGACUACUCCGUUUCCCAGACCACACUUGACCAAGUAUUUGUAAACUUUGCAAAGGACCAAAGUGAUGACGACCACACGAAGGACUUGUCAUUGCACAAAAACCAGACUGUUGUAGAUGUUGCAAUGCUGACGUCUUUUUUGCAAGAUGAGAAAGUGAAAGAAAGCUAUGUAUGAGCAACCAUUUUGAGAAGGAUGUUACGUCAGUACUGAGCAGAAGGGAGGCAUUCAUCCUUUCUGUGGCACAAGGAGUUCUUCCCAAGAGCCAAGAGACAGAGGAUACAGAGCGGAAGAGGCUAAACUGGAUGUUCUACAGUUCAAUGCAAUGCAAUUCAAUGCAAAGAAAACAAUAUUCCUUUACGGAGGCAGUGCCUCUUGGAGAUGUUGCCUUGUUGUACUGUUCUCUAGUGAAAGACUUGAAUCUAGUUGUUCUUACAUUAUAACUCUGUGAAAUUCUAGUAUGGUGGCACAUGCUGUUAUGUGGUCCUUCUGCCAUACUUCCACUUGUUUCUACUUACUUGUUUUUGCUUAGAGGUCAUGUGGCAAGAUUUGGGCGGAUUCUUGGCCAGUGAUUAUUUAUUUGCCAUGUUAAGAUGUGCACAGCCCUUCUAUGGGAUGAGUAGGGUUGCCUGGGUGCUAUAUCCAUUGCUGGCAAUGAAAGCACCAAUGUAACCAGUGCCAAGCAAUCAUCACACAACACAUUGCUGUGGCCUUAUUUAAGUGUUAGCUGUUGGCCCAGUUUACCUAAACAAAUUGAAGGUGAUUUGUAUGAAGACCAUUGGUGGUUUUAACCAUGGGCCAGAGGCACAUCACCUCGAAACAUACAUCCAUUUAUUAACUCAGUGUUUCUUAUCAUGGUGUAGCAGGAUCAACCAUACAAACAUUUGGGAGGAUUUCUGUCCCACGGUAUGGUGACCAAUUUGCUUAUUCCUACACUAUGCUCUUGUGAAACUGUUGCUAUUUUCUGUUUUUGUUACUUAAGCCUUGUUUUUGAUAUGUCUCUUGUUUGCAACAGUAUUACUUCUCGAAUCAGCAGUGUAUGUGGUGAUCUGGACCUGUUGGCCCAUUUCAGCAUCCCCACCUAUCUGUCAAUCACUUUUCAUACCACUCUUAUUACUCUAAAGAUCUAGAUGUAGUUGGUAUCAUUUGUGUAACGUAGGUUUUUAUAAUCUUGCAAUCACCACUAUCCCAUUUUUUUGUGAACAUGAACGUUACAGUGUAAGGUUUUCCUACCCGAGAUGUCAAAUCAUAAGAUGUCCACUUCUUACCUUGCACAGCACUGUCCUUUUUAAGAUUAGUUGAAGGAGAAAAAUCUCCUGUCCCUUGCCUUUCUUUUCACAGCUCUGUCCUCCCACCUUACUCCUCUUUCUCUCCCACUUGUAAGAGAUUAUAUUCAAUGUUGGAAGUAAAGAUGGGUAAUCCCAGGCAAGAGAUUAACAGAAUGCAUGCAUUUUAUAUUAUCGGGUUGACUAGGGCCCUUCAACACAUCCCUAUAUCCAAGAAUAUCAAGGCAGGAAAUCCCACAUUAUCUGAGUGUGGACUCAGAUAACCCAGUUCAAAGUAGAUAUUGUGGAGUUUUCUGUCUUGAUAUUCUGGGCUGUGUGGUAGGGUCCCUAGUUUGUUUUUCUGUAAGAUGAUUUGCAGAAUAAUUUCUCAUUUGGGAACAGCUAGAGCCCCCUUUAAAACAACGCACAAAUAGUUGGCCAAAGUUGAGAAGAGUCAUAGCAUUGAGUGCCUCUUUGCGACAACUAAUGAAUACCUUAACAAUAACCUAAAGCCUUCUUGUUAGCAAUGUCAGUAAGGAUCAUAGUUGUGAUGCCUCUCCCCCAAACCAGGUAUAAACCUGAAAAAUAUAGCUGUAACUAUUCGAAAGGCACUCAUUUCCCCCUCUCUCUCCCAAAGCUCUCUCCAGCCAUCAAAUGCCUAAAGCUAUACAUUAGUAGGGAGAAGGUUCACUUCUCCAUACCAGAUAGUUGGAAAUCAAUCAUUUGGCCCUGUAAGUACACAGCACAUAAAUGAUUUUGCAAUUAUAACUCCUGCUUGAAGAUAGCGUGGCCCCUUCCACACAGCUGAAUAAAAUCCCACAUUAGCUGUUGUGAGCUGGAUUAUAUGGUGUGUGGACUCAGAUAAAACAGUUCAAAGCAGAUAUUGUGGAAGUUUCUGCCUUGAUAUUCUAGGUUAUAUGACUGUGUGGAAGGACCCUAAGAGACAAAACGGGAGUUCUCCUUAAUGUAUCCUUUUAGAUGUGCCAUUUUAUGCAAACACACAGUCCAAAGCAAACAAUGUGUUGUUUAAACGUGUCAUCCUCCAAGUCUACUCAAAGGUAGCCUCUUCCUUCUUUCUCUUAGGGCCCUAUAUCCCAGGUUUUCUGCUUUAAACUGGAUUAUAUGAGUUUUCACUGCCAGAUAAUCUGGGAUAAACAGAAAACCUGGGAUCAGAUCCUGGGAUAGAGGGCCUGUCUGGAAGGGCCCUUAGAAGUUGGAAUCCUGUUCAUGACUUACUCCAGGAUGUUUUGCUAGGAUAUGCCACUUUGUAAAGCAAAGCAUAGCAGCAGGGCAACAACAGCAAAAGCUAUGUCCAUCAUAGAACAGCUUGGGAGAUAGCGGGGCAACAAUAGCAAAAGCUGUGUCCAUCAGAGAACAACUUGCCAUCAUUGUGGUGCCUGCAGCCACUAUACCUCAGUACCAUGCUGCCCUCUUGUAGGCUGGUGUGAUAUUAUGGGCCAGCAGACACUAUCAAAGUCUGCACUUACUUUGAAAGUAGCCUUACAGAACACAAGAAGACUUGUAAGUGCAAAGCUAUAAUGAACAACUUCCAAUUUUUCACCUGUAGUUCCAUCACAAGUGGGCAUUCCCACCACACACACACACAACUGGACCAGAAACCAGUUGGAGCUGGGGGCCUAUAACCCUUGGAUCAAAUUGACUAUUUAGCCAUUUUUUUUCACCAUGAGUAGGACAUAGGCUGUGAAAACGGGCCACGGGGAUGCCUAAGGUCCCGAUUUUGCCUUCCCAAUAUAGACGAUAUAGGUGCAAGACAUGCUGCUUUCAGUGGAAAAGAUUUGCCCCUUCCAUUUGAAACAGUUGCUUUGUUAGACUGGGACUACAGUCCAUCCAAUACCACGCCGAAUAUUAAUGUUGUGUAUAUAGAUCAAUUUCCUCAAAAUCUGUAAUGCCAUGUUAUACAAGGUUUCUAAUGUGUUUGACGUGGAUUAGCCAAAAUUAUCUUCAGUGCUGGUUUUCUCCUGACACGAAAAAAAACAAAACCCUUCAGUGCUGCAGGUAUUGUAAGAUAAAACCACUGGUCAUGGAACUGUGUUGAGAACAUUUACCACUUUAGUAUGUAUGGGGUGGAGUUGCUGCAUCCUUCUACAGCCUUUUUUUGACUGCUGUAGAGGCUCUUUUCCUAUAGUUUUCUUCUAGAACACUUAAUGGAAAGCCUGUGUUACCGUAUUCUUCCUUCUACCUGUUUCUGUCUCCCUUCUCUUCAAUGAUUGAUCCUUCAUUCCAAGCACUUUAUGCUAGCUGUAAUGGGAUCUAUUUUUGCACUGGAAUAGUCUGUUAACUUUGCAAAAUCUGGAGCAGUUUCACACACAUACACACAAAAAAUUUUAAGUUAAAAAAAUCUUUCAAUGGACAUUUUCAUGAAAAACAAAUAUAUAUUUGUAUUGCUAAUAAACUAUUUGUGAAAUAUUAAUAGGCAUUUGUUAAUUGCCUUGUAUCAAGUAAAGAAAAAAAAUAAAGUGUUGCUGGUCUACAAAUUGA